AUGGCGGACUCGCUGUCGACAGGUCCGGGUGACGAGAAGGAGAAGGAGAAGGAGGGUAAGGAGAGGGACAGAAGAGCUGCCAAACUGGACAAGAGCAAGGAGAAAGAUGGCGCCACGGAGACGCUGAGCUUCAGCGACAAAAACGGGGACAGAAAGGGGAGGAAACGCAACCUGUCAGACCUGUCUCUAGUCAGAUUUAUCACCACUGAGCUCACCAGGGGCUACUUCCUAGAACACAAUGAAGCCAAAUACACAGAGCGCAGGGAGAGGGUCUACACCUGCCUCCGCAUCCCGAAGGAGCUGGAAAAGUUGAUGACGUUCGGCUUCUUCCUCUGCCUGGAUACUUUUCUCUAUGUGUUCACCUUGUUGCCCCUCAGAGUGAUUCUGGCACUGUUACGACUGUUCACCGUGCCAUGUUGUGGCCUCAGCGGGUCCCGUCUGCUGCAGCCUGCCCAGGUGUGCGACGUGCUAAAAGGCUUCAUCAUGGUGCUGUGUUACUCGAUGAUGAGCUAUGUGGAUUACUCCAUGAUGUACCACCUCAUCAGGGGGCAGUCGGUCAUCAAACUCUACAUCAUCUACAACAUGUUAGAGGUGGCAGACCGCUUGUUCUCCUCCUUCGGCCAAGAUAUCUUGGACGCUCUUUACUGGACGGCGACAGAGCCCAAAGAGAAGAAGAGGGCGCACAUAGGCGUGAUUCCUCACUUCCUCAUGGCUGUGCUCUACGUCUUUCUUCAUGCAAUUCUUAUCAUGGUUCAAGCCACAACCCUCAAUGUAGCCUUCAACUCCCACAACAAGUCUCUUCUCACCAUAAUGAUGUCAAACAAUUUUGUGGAGAUCAAAGGAAGUGUGUUCAAGAAGUUCGAAAAGAACAACCUUUUCCAGAUGUCCAACAGUGACAUAAAAGAGAGGUUCACCAACUACAUCCUCCUGCUCAUCGUCUGUCUCAGAAACAUGGAGCAGUUCUCAUGGAACCCAGACCACCUGUGGGUGCUGUUUCCGGAUGUAGUCAUGGUGAUUGCCUCUGAAGUUGCCGUGGACGUUGUCAAACAUGCCUUCAUCACUAAAUUCAAUGAUAUAAGUGCUGAUGUAUACGGAGAAUACAGAGCCAGCCUCGCCUUUGACCUUGUCAGCAGUCGUCAGAAAAACGCUUACACAGACUACAGUGACUCAGUUUCCAGAAGAAUGGGAUUCAUCCCCCUUCCUUUAGCACUGCUGCUGAUCAGAGUAGUGACCAGCUCAGUGAAGAUCCAGGGUUCCCUCUCCUUUAUGUGUGUGUUGCUGUUUUACUUGGGGAUGAUCACUCUGAAGGUGCUCAACAGCAUCGUCCUGCUGGGAACAUCCUGCAUGUUCGUCAAAGAGGCCAACAUGGAGGAGAAGCUCUUCCACCCUCCACCGUCUGCCGUGUCCAGCCGCGUCAACUCCAGAGCUCACCGUACCAAACAUGUUCACACCGCGCCGCAGCAAGAACCUACAGCUGAUAAAGAAGGAGCGUCGCUGGCAUCAGACAUUGCUCAGCCCACCAACAUGGCGGAGAGCGCCGCCAACGUGCUCCCAAAGAGCGAUUCGGACACGUUCCUCACGACGCCGGACGAUGAGGACGACGACAAGAUCAUCAACUCUGACACGGGACUGGAAGGAGAAGGAGUGUCGCACAGAACACCCAAGAAAGACUUGCUGGAAAUCGACCGCUUCACCAUCUGUGGCAACCGGAUAGACUGAAUUCAGCAGGAACAAGCAGUCGGCGCAGCGUCGAAGCGACACAGCCUGGUUCAGGGAUCACACACGGGUCACGGAGCGCGCUCAGACCCAACAUCGGCCUGUGCUCGGACCCCUCAAGUGUAGUAUUUAUUUAUUUAUUACAGACAAUACCAGCCAAGGCUUAAGGCUGUUAAACAUCAGAAGACACAUCCGAUGUUCCCAGCUGGUCCCGUAUGCGCCUGCUGCACGGAGUAGACUCUGACACGAGGUGCUGUCGUCAUGGCAAUGGGUCAAAUAAAUAGAGAAUAGAUACUUGGAGAGAGGAUCGUGACGUGAAAUCCGGCAUGAUCGGAGAGGCAUAACAGCUGGACUGUGCAGGUGUGUGUUAGAAGCACAAUCGUGUACAGUGAGGAGGUGUUUUUAAGAAAAAAAAAAAAAAAAGUCAAUUUUUACAGAUUUUUUUUUCUUUUGUUUUUACUGCUUGAAGUCUGACAGACUAAUAUUUGAAAUGAAGUUUUUACAACAAAUUUCAGAAUUGUUUUCUAAAUCAACAUCAGCUCAGCCGCUGAUCACAUGAACACAUUUAAACUGAAAGUCACUUUUCAGGAGAACCUGAACUGAGUUACUGUCAUGAGGCCGGAGACAGUUCAACACCUCAACAAAUUAGCAGAAGUUUGGUAUAAGUGUUGGGCUGUGUUACAGGCCGGGGUAUUUUUCUUUCAGACACGGGGGAGAGUUUGAAGGUUUUAGCUGAAUACAAGUUGAAAUGCUUUUGUUACUUUGAAGCACUGAGAGAACAGUGCCUGUUGCUAAAGACAGGCUCCAGUUUGUGUCGUCAAGUGAUGUUUUCAGAUGAAAAUCUCUGAAAAUUUGUUUGUUUUUUUAUUUGGGGUUUUCAUACCCUCAUUAUUGAAGCAUGUAGCCCACAGAUAAUUAUGACAACUCACCUAAAGCAUUUUUUUAAUGUUGGAAGCUGUGAUCCGGUAUUUAGAUUCUGAUUGUGUGCGUCAGUGUAAAUGUGUACAGCAGUUUUCCACUAGACUGACUGAGAAAAUGAUCAAAAAUGACAAAAACUAGGUCAUGUAUGCACUCCGCUUCUGGGGUUAUCUGAGUGCUUAAAUAGAGCUGAAAGGAUGAGCCACCAUGUAACUGUGCUGUAACUACAUGAAACCAGUGAGGCCAACAGAUUGACUCUGCAAGUUAAUAAUGUUUGUUUGGUGAUGGCUGUUGAAUGUGAUUUUUUUUUAAGCAAUCCUAAGGCAUGACCAUAAUUCCUGUUAUCAUUAUACCAAAUCUGAACAAUUUUUUUAUGACUGAAUUUAAUUUUUCCCCCCGAAAUACCAGGUGUUUAUUUUAAAAGAUUCUGAGUUUGUGUUUUAAGUGUUGAGGUGAUGCUUAGUGAGAUCUGAGAUCCUCGAAAAGUGCGAGUAAAUAACAGCAUACAUGUGAAGGGAUGAUGAGUGCAACUGCAUCAUAAGUGUGUGCGAGUGUGUGUGUGUGAGAGAGAUACUGUGAGAGCUGUUUUGCAGAGUGUGUGGCUUGAUGUCAUAAAAACUAUCUCUCUGUUGAAUUUGGAUAUUUUAUUUUUUAUUAUGCCACCCAUCAUCUGUGUAAUGCCUCUCUUUACGCUGUAAGGAGAAUAAAAACAAGACUUUGUUUUGUAA